AUGGAUCUCCUUGGGGACAAAAAUGCUCAGCACAUGGCUCAACCUGUCAUGAUUAAGGGGCACUUACAAUUUCACCUUUCGGGGCUGCACUCGCGAAGAGGAUGGGAGGAUGAACUGGUCGGUAAUUGCAAACAGGAGCUUGUAAAGAACUUGAUGGGUUUAAAUAACCGUGUUGCUCGAUGCCAACUAGUCGCCCAUGUUCCUCAAGUGGGGAACGAGGUGGCCGAAAGGGAGAAAGAAUGGUCAGCCGGUAAUCCAGGGAAUAUGAAAGGGCUAAAAAAAAACAACCUUGACCAUAUGAAGAGGUUAUAUCAUGGGAUUUUAGUAGUGUCUAAACACACGACACGCUGCUCACUUUUCAUCCCCCAAAAUCUCUGGGCUCAAAAAUUUCUGAAAGAAGUCAUAAUCCGGGAAGGCAGCACCAGUAGCGAUGGACAUCUGCGCCAAGACUAUGUAGCAAAAGAACUCAGAGAAAGUUCAAAGGUCACAGAUAGUUGGGGACCAGAUGAAGUAGGCAUCACAAGGCAGCAUACUUGUGAGGUUGCAAAGAAGCUGUUGACUCCACCACAGCAAAAUCGCCAUUGA